AUGGCUUCUCGUGCUGGCGGCGCGAAACAACGCCUGAUGACGGAACUCAGAGACCUCCAGAAGGAGAAAUGGGUCAAUAUCGAUCCUGACCAGGCAAACCUCUUCCGAUGGCGAUUCGCGCUCAUUGUGAUCAACCCCGACAGCGACUUCUAUGGUGCCUAUCUGAGGGCCGAGAUGACUUUCACCGACGACUACCCCUACUCACCGCCCAAGUUCCGAUUCCUCACCCCAGUCUACCACGCCAACGUCUAUCCAGAUGGACAGUUGUGCAUCUCGAUCCUCCACAAGCCUGGCAACGACAACAUGUCGGGAGAGGAGGCCAGCGAGCGAUGGUCGCCGCUCCAAGGCGUCGAGUCGGUCCUGCGAUCCGUCCUUCUGCUCCUCGAUGACCCGGAAAUCGGCUCCCCCGCCAACGUCGACGCCGGUAUUUUAUACCGUGACUACCGGGCCAAGUACCAGGCCAAGGCCAAGGCGACCGUAGAGGAGUCACAAAAGGACAUGCCCGAUGGCUUUGUCAUGCCGGCGACUUUCGAUGCGCCCCCUCCUCAGAAGAUGGAGGAUGACGAUGCCUUCUGGGCUGAGAGUGAUGAAGAGUUCGAUUUUGGCGGCAGUGACACAGGCGAGGAUGAUGAGAUGGAGGACUUUGAGGAAGACAAGGAGGAUGCCUCGGAGGACGAGGAGUCUUGA